ACAGAAUGCAAGAUACCAACCUUGGACGGUGCACUUGUUGAAGGACAAGUCACACAUCCUCUUUACUUUUGUACAUGGUAUCUCGAAGAAACCCGGACAAGAUCACCUGUACUGGGCCUUAACCCCGAUAAAUUGACCAGUGCUUGUGAGCGCAUUAGCAGAUGCGCGACAGCACAAAACCGCAGCGCAGCGAAAGCCGCCAUCAAGAAGGCAUCUCAAAGCACAACUCCCGUUGGCUCUCAAUGUCCUGUCAGUUCUGCGAACUUCCUCACCAAGGAAUACAUAUACACCUCUGCAUUCUGCACUUUCUUCAAUGCC